AUGGCCGGGCAGAUGGCGGUGCUGGGUUCGGCUAUUCUGGCUCUCUUGUUAGCUGGCUAUCUAGCACAGCAAUAUUUACCGAUGCCUACACCGAAAGUAAUUGGGAUUGACCUUGGCACAACUUACUGCUCUGUUGGUGUCUUUCUUCCUGGAACAGGGCAGGUGAAGGUUAUUGCAGAUGAAAAUGGACACAACAGCAUACCAAGUGUAGUCUCUUUCACAGACAAAGAUGUGUAUGUAGGAUAUGAUGGCCUAGAACUGGCUGAUUCAAAUCCUCAGAACACCAUAUAUGACGCAAAAAGAUUCAUUGGGAAAAUCUUCACUUCAGAAGAACUGAAAAGUGAAAGUAGCAGGUAUCCCUUUAAGAUUUUCAACAACAAUGGAUCAGCUGAAUUUUCUGUGACAACUAAUGAAACCUUUCGCAUCACUCCAGAGCAUAUUGGCUCUCAGCUGCUACUGAAAUUGAAGAGAAUGGCAGAAGACUAUCUUGGCAUGCCCAUUUCAAAGGCGGUCAUCUCUGUGCCAGCAGAGUUUGAUGAAAGGCAACGGAAUUCUACCAUUAGGGCAGCUAACCUUGCAGGGCUAAAAAUUUUGCGAGUGAUCAAUGAACCCACAGCUGCAGCUAUGGCUUAUGGACUCCACAAAGCUGAUGUGUUUAAUGUUCUGGUGGUGGAUUUGGGUGGAGGAACUUUGGAUGUGUCUCUGUUGAACAAGCAGGGAGGGAUGUUCCUCACACGAGCCAUGGCAGGUAACAACAAACUUGGAGGACAGGAUUUUAAUCAGAGGUUGUUGCUGUAUUUGUAUGAUCAGCUCCAUCAAAUGUAUGGUUCUCUGCCAACAAGAAAAGAAGAAAUACAUCGCCUCAGACAGGCUGUGGAAGCAGUUAAAUUAAAUCUGACUGUUCAUGAGGCAGCUACACUAAGGGUGUUGUUAACUAUGCCAGAAAGGAAGCUUGCAAAAGAACUUCCAGAAAAUGAGGUAAAAACAAACACUGUGCUAAAAGGCAAGCUUUCACAAAAAACAAAAGAUCUGAAAAAUCUUGGAGACACUUCAAAAGUAGAGAACAACUUUGUCAAAGUUGUGUUUGAAACAGAAAUCUCGAGGAAGCUAUUUGAGAUGUUAAAUGAGGACCUUUUUGAGAAGAUUCUUGUGCCCAUAGAACAAGUGUUGAAGGAAGGCCACCUACACAAAGCAGAAGUGGAUGAAAUUGUGUUAGUUGGAGGCUCCACCCGGAUUCCUCAAAUACGCAAAGUGAUUCAGGAUUUCUUUGGAAAGGAACCUAACACCUCCGUAGAUCCUGAUCUAGCAGUUGUAAUGGGCGUAGCUAUCCAAGCAGGAAUUGUUGGUGGGUCCUGGCCUCUUCAAGUCAGCGCUGUAGAAAUUCCUAAUAAGCAUUUACGGAAGACUAACUUUAACUGAAAAGAAACUCUUCCCUGUUGCAUUCCAUCUCUCCAAAAGUGUACUUUGAUGGUGCAUACUUAUCUGACUGGCAGUGGAGCCUAAUCUUAGCCGUAUUAUAUUCAUUUUUUUAUCUAUUCCAGUUAGGUGUUACUGGACACCUAAUUGUGUUAAAGCUAGAUGUUCCUUUAAAGGUACGAGUGUUUUUUGAAGUUCUGAAGUGUCUUGUAUUUGCCUGUAGAUUGGAUAUUGGAUGACAGUGCUAGUGAUGACACACCCACAUUUUCUUGCUAAAUUUUAUUAGCAAAUCCUGAAGAGGUGUGUGUUUAAAAUAUAAAGGGAGUGUGACCAAAGGUUAGAGAUAAUGUGGUAUGGUACUGUAGGUAUUCCCAGGUCCAAUAUAUUUACUUUGAAAGAAUGUGAAGCAGUGUUAACGCACAUAGCGCUAGCAGUGUUGAGCUUAAAUUUAUUUAUUUAUUGAAUUGAGUCAUUUGAGCAUUUAAGCACCUUUCUAAAAGGCAUGUUGCAGCUUGAAUGAGACUUACGCAUUCACUUGAUUCUUCUGCUGUUCAUAACAGCAUAACGGUAUUACUGAGGCUAUACGGCAAACUGUCUCACGUUUCAGCGGAACCAUAUUAAGAAACUUAGCUCUUGCUACUGUAGAGUUACUUAGUGUGUCUCCAAGGGCUUACUUCCUGAUCUGGUUUUGAUGGUUAACAUACAGGUGCUGCUGUCAUACCACUGAUGUUCUCCACAGAGAACAAGGGUAUAUCGCCAACUAUUUAUACCUCUCCCCGCCUUAUUUGAAAACUGCAGUAAUUUUAUGUAUCUUAAAGCCACACCUGUACAUCUUCCCUUGAAUUUGACCAACACGAAUUUCAUUGUUGCGCAUCUACAAGUGUGUGAUGUCUUUCCCCUGGAGCACCCCCAGCCGUACUGUUCUCGGGGAGAACGUGUGAGACAGAAGGGACUGCCUGGAUGAAGUCUAGUUCCUUUAGUCCUAGUAAAUGAAAACUCACCCAACUAUUUCAUACUUUUUAGCUCAUAUCUCUGAUUUAAGUUUUGUCAUAUCCCCACUCUAAACUGAACGUAGAUCAGAGAUUGUAGCUGCUCUUUUGGGAAGGAAGCAGUGUGUGUAACUCAGGAUUUGAGGUAGCACUUCUAAGGACUUUAUUUUAGGCAAAUAGUUUGCUACCCAGCUAUCUAGCAAAUGCAUGAGAAGGAAAAAGUUAAUGAUCUGAAAAAAAAAAUUGGUGACAGUUCUGCUCUCUUUGGAGGAUUAAAUCAAUACUUAAAGGCCAGUUGAGUUCUUUUAUCUGUGUAGAACUUUCUACAAUGAAAACACUUCAUUUAGCUAAGACUGGCUUCAACAUCCAUCAACCCAGUCUUAAUCAGGUAAGCUCUAGUAACAGGUGGUUCUAAGCACUUUCUUGUAUUCUCCAGAAUAACUUUGUUUGUAUUAAGCUUGCCAAGAUAAAGUGUGGGGCUUAGAUUUAUUGUUUAACCUUAUGACUAUGUUAAAAUAGGCUUAUUCUCCUGGCAGUAGGCCUGAGUUAUGGCACUGCCAUAAAUCAAUUGUGCUGACUCAGCUGUUUGCAUAGCUAUUGUCUAAACAUACCACGAAGGUGAUCAGGGGCCUGGAGCACCUCCCCUGUGAAGACAGGCUGAGAGGGCUGGGCUUGUUCAGCCUGGAGAAGAGAAGGCUCCAGGGAGACCUUAUAGCAGCCUGCCAGUACCUAGAAGGGGCCUACAGGAAAGCUGGAGAGGGACUUCUUACAAGGGCAUGUAGUGAUAGGACAAGGGGUAAUGGCUUUAAACUGAAAGAGGGUAGGUUUAGAUUAGAUGUAAGGAAGAAGUUCUUUACUGUGAGGGUGGUGAGACACCGGAACAGGUUGCCCAGAGAAGUUGUGGAUGCCCCCUCCCUGGAAGUGUUCAAGGCCAGGUUGGAUGGGGCUUUCAGCAAGCUGGUCUAGUGGAAGGUGUCCCCGCCCAUGGCAAGGGGGUUGGAACCAGAUGAUCUUUAAGGUCCCGUCCAACUCAAACCAUUCUGAUUCAUUCUAUUCUAUCUUUGAAGUAAUCCAAUUAAAAACCUCUUAAAUUGAAUCCUAGUUGCACACAACCAUUCCAUCAGCAUUGUUUAACUUCACAGAGGAUUCCCAAAAUACUGCUCACAUCUGUUUAAUUUCCCUGAGUUGAAAACCAGAGUGAUUUUUUUUUACUUGAGGAUUUUUUCCCUUUGUACUUCUUUGAAAGUGACCGUGUCUAAGUCUGUAGGGAACUUCCAGUAACUAAAACUCCUGUGUUGAAAGAAGUGCCUCUUCAGUGAAAUCAUGGAUGAAUGCCAAUAUACGAUACAGUUCUUGUACGCAGUUGCUAUUUGGGGCCUUUGCUUUGCAUAUAUAAAUGUAUGGAUUUAAUUCAACAUAUAUUCCAAUGUCUUCGGAGUCAUUGUGGCCUUUCCUUCUGCCCUGCUGUAAAUUCAUCUCAAUGUCUACUGGAGUUACAGUAGGUUUUCAGUCUUCAUUUUUUUUGAUGCACUGUGUAAAAUGAGCAGACCUGUAUAAAAAUAGCACCACAUCACAGUGAAGUUAAACUAUUAACAGCUUUUUGCAAUUUUGGGACAAGUUGGGUAGGAGUGUGGGAGUAACUUGAAACUGUUAAGCUCUCAAUGCAAAUAAAUGAAGUACUUUUUUUCUUUCGCAUACUUCGCUCUGGAGGAGUUAAAUCUCCUUCAGUGUUAAUCUGGGACUUGUAAGGGAAGGGUGAGUUGUUUACUUGUGUUAAAAAAAAAAAAAAAAUCACAAAAGGGUAUUUAUUUGGAUUUCUAUACAGAUUUUUUUUUUGAGUAGAGAAGUUACUGUACAUUGGAUAUCUCACAAUGCAUCCUUAUUUAUUAAAUAACUUUUCUGAGUUCUGCAAUCAAGUUAUUUAUUUUGUAUCUUUUGACUUUAAUACUGUAUUUUGGCACAAACCAUUGAAUUUUAAAGAUGAGUCCACUGUACUAAAUGGGUAUUUCCAGGUAUGCACAUGUACUGCUUACCAAAAGUCUCUCUUUAAACAAAUUAAUAUUUGAAGGCUGAAAUCUUUCUGCAAACAGUCCUUGAAAUCUGAGUAUGGUUGCCUGUGGUGUUAGGUGUGUAACAAAUUUAUAUAGCUAAAGCUUGUUUUGCGAGUUGAAAUUCUGAAAGUAUAAGAUGCCUCACCAGUUGUAUGUUCCUAAAUUGUUUCCAAGUGCAGAUGAUGAAAUGCAUUUUAUAAAUAACCUUUUAGAAUGUUUCUAAUAAAAGCAAUUUCUGUCCCUUG